AUGGUGUACCACCGGCCGUACCUUGUCAUGAAGUGGGCACCCCGCGGACCCGCUUUUGAGGCGCCUCAAAAGUUGGCUCUCCCCUUGCUCCUCGUUCUCCAACUGCUGGCAGGACCCGCUACGUGCGAGCGAUCGAGUGCUGGAGGAGGCCGGCUGUUACCUGAUCCACGAGGAGGAUGCAACGGUGUACCGCUGGCCCUACCUCACUCCCCUUGCCCCUCUCAUAUCCCCUGCUGGCAGGACCCGCUACGUGCUAGCGAUCGGGUACUAGAGGAGGCCGGCUGCUACCUGAUAGACGAGGAGGAUGCAAUGGUGUACCGCCGGCCCUACCUCGCCAGUGGUGCCUCGGGGUUUGCACUCACAUCCAUCACCCGAGCGUUUCAAAAGGAUCUCAAGGUAUGCAGAGCGGAUGGGAUGGGUUUUGAGCUCACAGCAACUGCACCUAUCCCAUGGCGCAUGGGGCUGUGCCCUCACAGCCAUAACGAGGGCCUUUCAAAAGGAGCUCAAGCUGUCACUCCCCCUGGUGGUCGCCAAGGCCCUCACUGUCCCUCCUCCUCAAGCCAGCUCUCCUCCUGUCAUCUGGGGGCAUCAACCACCGCUGCUGCCGCCACUCGAAUUUGGCUUGAUAAUGCUUCUGCUGCCACUCUCCUCCUUAGCCACAGUAGUCUGGGGCAUGAAGGACCGCUGCUGCUGCCACUGGGCUUUUGCUUGAUAAUGCGUGCUUGUGCCCUCCCUCCUCACAGGCGUCCCUCCCUCCUCAUAGGCGUCCCCCCCCCCUGCUCUCCAAGGGCAGAUCUACUGUCUCUGCCCUCCCCUCUCAAUCCCCGCUGCUUGAAGAAGGGUUUUGAGACGUCUCAAAACCCUUCUUCAAUCACCUGUCUCUCCCCUCCCCUCUCAGUCCCCGCUGCUGCUGCCACUGGGCUUUGGCUUGAUAAUGCCUGCUUGUGCCCUCCCUCUCUCUUUAUCCACACCCCUUACCAGGCGUCACACCCUCUGGUCUCCAAGGCCCUCGCUGCUGUGUCUGCCCAGCCCUCCUCCUCUUCCACCAUUAUCUGGGGCAUGAAGGACCGCUGGCAGUCGUUUGACGAGGUCAGGGAAGCGCGCAGGGCAGCCGGGGCCGUUCUAGUGACUCUGGACGAGGAGCAUCACUCUGCCGCGUUAACCCGCUGCGACGCCGACGAAAACGACGAAAGCGACGCCGACGACGGAGACGACUUUGGUGACGACGUUAGCGACGACUUGAGCGACGACGAUGGCGAGAGCGACGACGAUGACGAGAGCGACGACGAUGGCGAAAGGGACGCCGAAAACGACGACGGCGAGUCGGACGACUCGUACGAUAUCGACGAGUACCACCUCGGAGAGCGGCUCGGAAGGGCGUAUGACUCAACAGAAGACACGUUUCGAGACAGGGAAACGGAUCGAGAGAGGGAAACGGAUCGAGACAGAGAAACGGAUCGAGACAGGGAAAUGGAUACAGAGGCCGAAACGGGUCGCGUGGAGGAGCAGGGUCGCGUGCGGAAACCGGAUCGCGUGGAGGAUUCGGGUCGCGUGGGGGAACCGGGUCGCGUGGGGGAACUGGGUGGUCUCGAGGUCCCUUGGUACGAACUACGGGGAUGCGAGAACGAAGACGAGAUAAUGGUGGAGCUCGCGGCGCGGAGGAGCCUUUGGAGCGAUGCGGAGCUGAUGGAGCUCGCAGCGGCUGUCGUUUUCUGCCGGCGCAGCGAGGAGGCGACGCGACGGAGCAUUGGGCAAGAUUACUGGCGACAGGUGUGGCGCGUGCUCAGACGCGCCAACCCUGAGUGGCGGCGCGUUCCGACGGCAAUGGCGAAGCAGUGGGAGCGCAUGAAUACGCGCUACGACCAGGAGAUUCACAAUCAGCGGCGGAAGCAGAAGCGGCGGAGGAAGCGGGGGGGGACGGUGGGGGGCUCAGUUGAGCAGCGGCAGGGAGGGGUUACUAACGCGGAUGAUCAGCCUAAUAACGAGUCAGGGGGGAACGCAGGGGCGCAGGCAAAAGUGAGGGGAAGGCCCAAGGGGGGGCGGAAGGGUAGGGGGACUAGGACAGAACCAGCAUGGUUUGAGUACAUUCGAUUGUUCAAUGGGACUGAGCUUGAGGCGAGGAAAAAAAUGGCAGGAAAACAGGCUAGAAGAGCAGCUAGGGUGGCUACUGCUGUUGCUGUUGCUACGGGGUUUACAGAAAGGAGGCAGCAGCCUGCUGAAAUGCCAGCUUAUGCGUUUCCUGGCAGCAUUGGUUCAUGUUGGGGAGAGAUGGGAUGGCAGCCGAAGGGGCCGCAGCAGCAGGAGCAGGAGCAACAGCAGCAGCAGCAGCAGCAGCAGCAGCAGCAGCAGCAGCUACCGUUCUCUUCACCAUCUGCUCUCCUCCCUCUACCAGCAGCAGUGCCACCCACUGUCUCCCCUGUCGCCCCUGAGGGACAACCCUCCGACUCAAGCCAACCCUCCGACAACUACUUGCAAAGCCUUCGCUGCAGAGUCACUCAAGUUCCCAAAGCCACAGGUCCCAGUGCCUCUACUCUUCCUGACCCGAUGCAAACACAUGGUGGGCCGUCAGAUUCUGACUUGAUCCGAAACAACGGAGGAUACGACUGCAGCCUGCUGCGGCUGCCUGGGAAUGGGGUUACGUUUACUACAGGUGCUACAGUAGAGGGUGAUUUGACUUCUCGGGGGGGUUCACUGCAUGAAAGGGGUCGUAGAAGGGAGCCGCAAGAGCGGAAUGAGAGAAGAUCUGCAAGGAGAGGAAUGGAGAGGUCUACAGGAGGUGGAAAGGGCUCGAAUGCAGGGGUUUCGGGCGAGAGGUGGGGCGAGAGGGGGGGCAGGAGGUUGGGUGAGAGAUUGAGUGCAGCCAUGGGUGCUGCUGUGAGAAACGCGUGUGUUCAGUUUGAUGUGCUCACAAGAGAGUUGCUGCAGGAUGCUUACUCGCGGUUUGAGGAGCUUUCACAGCGACUGGCAGAAGAUGCUUCUGCUCAGUUUGAGGAGAUUGCGAGAGAGUUAAUGGAGGAGACUGCGGCGGCUUGCCGAGAUGGCAAGAGGCGCAAGAGGAGGUAA